GAAGUGGAACGAUUCUAGCGAGAAGGCCGCCUCCAGUAAACGUGAUCCGACGAUGGUAGAUGACCCCCCCCCCCCCCCCCAACCCGGAAUCAUCGGAAUGGAGGAAAAUUCCAAGAAAAGCUAUGUAUUUAUUGGUUUCGUAUUCCAUUCCGCUUGACUGGAUUGGUAUCGAUCCAUUUAUUGCUCCAACCCGGAGGAGACUUUUCCGGUUCGCCCCCUGAUUUCAAUCUCUUGCCUGCCUGCCCCUGCCCCACCAGCCAAGACUUUAUUAAUCCGGUCCCACUCAUGGGGGCGUCCAAGAGUAGCAGCUCCGCCGUCUCGUCUCGGCCUAUACAAAGGUCUUUGGGAUUACAUCGUUUCCGUCUGGUUGGUGAACUGGCCUGGUCUCAUGGUUUGCCGUGUGGAGACUGCUCUAUGGUCAUGUACUUCUCGUCCUUGCCUCGUGUUGACUGGUUUCUUCUUGUAAGGCCUCCCAGAAAAUUGGGGUUUCUCAGUUUUCAGCCUUGAAACGCCAAUAUCUGCUUCCAGAUCGAUGAGUCUGAAGUACAACUGCUGUAAUUUGCAAGAGAGUAUGAAGUGUUUCCCGUUUUACAUUGGAGAAAAGAAGGAUGAAACCAAGACUACAAAGUCAACAUCAGCAACAUCAGUACCGUCCUCGUAUUCCAAUCUUACCGAGCGUGACACGAGGAUAUCCGGGUCUGACCUAAAUUCCCAGAACAUUUCUGCCGCCACCAGCACGGAGUCCCUGGGGAGGAGCCCAUUCCCGAGUUUAUCCCCGAGGCCUAGUGAUCUCAAAAUCUUCACGUUGUUGGAGCUAAAGACAGCCACAAAGAAUUUUAACCGUGCUCUCAAAAUUGGAGAGGGUGGCUUUGGAUGUGUAUAUAAGUGUGUCAUCAAGAAUCCUAAAGACGCACAAAAGAAACUUGAUGUUGCUGUGAAACAAUUAGGAAGAAAGGGAAUGCAGGGGCACAAGGAAUGGGUGACUGAAGUCAAUUUUCUUGGGGUGGUUGAGCAUCCAAACCUUGUCAAAUUAUUGGGCUACUGUGCUGAAGAUGAUGAAAGAGGGAUCCAGCGGCUUUUGGUUUAUGAAUACAUGCCUAACGGAAGUGUGGAGGACCAUUUAUCAACUAGGUCAGAAACACCCCUUUCUUGGGCCAUGAGGCUAAAAGUAGCUCAGGACACAGCUCGUGGACUAGCAUAUCUUCAUGAAGGAAUGGACAUUCAGAUCAUCUUUAGAGAUUUCAAAUCUUCUAACAUUCUACUAGAUGAGCAGUGGAAUGCAAAGCUGUCAGACUUUGGAUUGGCUAGAUUGGGUCCUUCAGACGGAUUAUCCCAUGUGUCAACAGCGGUUGUGGGAACCAUGGGAUAUGCAGCUCCUGAAUAUGUCCGGACCGGGCAUCUGAAGUCCAAAAGUGAUGUUUGGAGUUAUGGGGUCUUCCUGUAUGAACUGAUCACAGGUAGACGCCCAGUGGAGCGUAAUCGUCCCAAGAAUGAACAGAAGCUCUUGGAUUGGGUAAAACUAUACCUGGCAGAUCCAAAGAAAUUUCGGCUGAUACUUGACCCAAGGCUCGGAAGGAACAGUCCCAUCAGGUCGGCCCAGAAGCUAGCCAUUAUAGCCAACCGGUGCUUGGCCAGAAAUCCAAAAUCGCGCCCAACGAUGAGCGAGGUGUUGGAAAUGGUGAAUCGGGCUGUUGAAGCGUCACUAGAAGAAACAAGCAGCUCUCAACCACCGGUAAGAGGCUUGAUCCCCAGGGAAAUCCCCAGGGAAACCGAAGCCAAAGGUAAGAGAAGGAUUGCGGAUACCAAAACGGAAGAAAAUAGUUGGCUACAUUGGAUGUCAUCAAAGCUUGUACGGACAUGCUGACCGCAUUCCCUCUGAGACAAACGCUAAGGUAACAACUCCCCCCCGGUCUGUAAAUAGUUCAGAGUGCAGCCAAAUACAUUUGUAACUGCCCUCCUGCUACUGUUGCGAUUUGGCGGCUGCUCUGGAAACUUCUGGAAGCAUGAAAGCGGAAGUUGAGACAAAAUGAAAUUGAGGUUUCCAGCACUGUUUUGGGCUGAAAAUGGUUGGCUUGUGACUAAUUCUAGUGGUAGAGAAGACUUGAUGAUGCCAUAUAAUGUAAUUCAGAUAAACUGGUGAGUUUUGAUUGAUAUAUAGAGAGCACGGUGGAGAUACCUCCCGGGCCCCUAAUACAUACCCCCCGUUGUUGUUGAUACAUGCAGUGCUGAACUUUUGACAUUAACUUGCUGUAGAAAUUUAGAAACAGACAUUUGAGGUAGAAGUGACGUACUGAGGCUAAAUGAGUGUUGUGUGUUCAAACUGUAGUUUUAUUUAUAAUGACAUGCAAGUUUGGCUGCAUGCUUACUAGUAGUAUCUGUUUGGUUGGAUUUGAGUGAAAAAAUUACUCCUUGUACUCGCAGGUAAAAUUGAUGGCUUUGAGAUCAUAUCAAGUGGUUUAUAUUGAUGCCUUUCUUAUGAA